AUGGAAAGCAGACGUGUCACCAUCGUCCAGUACAAUUUGUUGUCAAGCGAAGACGAAAAAGACUCGGAUCAAACGUAUGUGUAUUCAUCAUCGAAGCUUUCUCCACUCAGUGCUUCAGAAUUCCUGUUUGAACCGCCAGCAGAGGAGGAUCAAAGCGACCACAGUGAACAGAACAGCGUCUUGGUACUGGAGUCAGACAGCGCAAGCGACGAGGCAGGUCCUUCUACCUCUGCAAGUAAAACGAACACGCCUAUCAGGCAAUGCUUCAAGUGACUUGGAAAUUAUUGCUAAUAACACGGCCGCUGCUGCCCCGAUUUACGUCGUGUCGUCAUCCGAAUCCGAAGAGCAAGACUACGAAUUCAGCAGACUACCUCUUCUGUCAAACGGUGCGUCAAGCGACUUCGAAAUCAUUGCAAGUACAUCAGCUGGUGCCUCGAUUUACGUCUCUUCGUCAUCUGAAUCGCAAGACCAAGAUGGCAAAGCCAGCAAAUGACCACGCUUGUCAGACGUUGCGUCAAGUGACUCCGAAAUCAUGCCAAGCACAGCCACUGGUGCCCCGAUUUACGUCUCCUUGUCAUCUGAAUGGGACGACCAAGAUAGCGGAGCCCUAG